AUGCCUCUGUUACUCAGUUGUCCGCCGCCAGUCCAGAUGCCUCGACACAAGCCCGCGUCGGUGGUGCUAACGCUGCUGUUGGUGGUGCUCUUGAUGCUCAUCCACCACCACUGCCGCACAGAUGCUAGAUUCGUGCCCAGUCCGCCAGCGAUACCCAGUAUUUGCAAAAAACCACCGCCACGUUCGGAGGGCGUUUGUGCCAUUGAUAUCGAGGGGUUCUAUUACGAUCCGAUAACAUUCGACUGUAAGAUGUACAAGAUCGGUGCAUGCCACUUGAUUCGUGGCCAGAGUUUUGGCAGUCAGCAGGAUUGCGUUUCCACCUGUAUCCAUGGAAUACGCCGGAAUCAUGACUUUUAUGUGAACGAGUAAUAUAAAUAAAUACGUAAACAAAUGUACCAGUAA